UCUCAUUUGCUUUUGCGAAUCAGAACUCUUCGCGUUUGGUCUAUUCAAGAUGGCCACUGUAGGAAAGUUCUACAAGGUCAUGAAGAUGAAAUUCAGUACUUGACUAUGAAAAAGCAUCUUGUUGCUAGCACAUCCUGGGACCACACAAUAAGAAUGUGGAAUAUAGAAGCUGGAGAAUGUACAGCUGUUCUAAAAGGCCAUACAGAAGUGGUGAACUGCUGUCAGUUUGACUGUCGAUACCUGGUGAGUGGUGGAGGAGAUUGCUUAGUGCUUAUCUGGUCAACAGAAAGUGGAAGAUUGCUGUGCAAUUGUCAAGGACACACCGGGGAUGUGUACUGUUUGAUGUUUAAUGAGAAGACAAUCUGCUCUGGUUCUUCAGAUAGCACCAUUCGAGUCUGGGACUUUGCAGGAAAAUGUCUGUUUACCAUGUCAGAACACAUUGGGGUAGUGAGGUGCCUACACCUGGAUGGAAAUAGACUCGUCAGUGGUGGUGACAGAAAGAAGAUUUUAGUCUGGGAUGUGGCGAAUGGGAAAUUAGUCAAUGUAGUCCAUAGGAAUCCAUCUCUCCUUCACAAGAUCUGGAUUAAUCAGACAAAGAUCAUUACAGCUUCUCCUGAAUCACCAGGAAUUUUAACUAUUUUGAGCUAUUGGGCCUACAAUCUUCAUGUACGACAUCAACCAGCAAGAACUCCCAGACUGGGACUUUAUGGAAAUAAAAGCAAAACACUGCAGACACUGGUAAUCUGAAAUAAAGAGAUAACAUGCAGAAGAAACUCAGUGGGCCCAGCAGAAUCAAUGGAGACAGAAACAGGAGUUAAUGAUUUGUGUCCAAUGUGAUUGUUUUUCAUAUUUCAGAUACCUAUUAUUUUGCUUUCUUAUAGGACAAUAUGUAGUUUAGUUGUGAUGUGCAUUCUUGCCAGUUGAACAACCUGCUGUAAAUCCUAGUGUACAGGUGGACAUCCCCAUUUAUCAGCAGAAAUGCACCAUAGCAACAGAACAGUCUGCCAAAGAAAGUUGGUGCCAGGACCAUGUGGUAAUGCUGAUGUUGAUAGCAUCUAAUAUUGCUCAAUUGCAACUGAUAAAACUGUGCAUGUUAUGGAAAGAAUAAAUAAUUCCCAAAAGUCAAGGGGGCUGGACAAUUUUCCACAACAGUUUGAAGAGUCUAUUUCUUUAAUGAGAUAAAAGCUGUUGGUGAAAUCUAUGAAGGCAUUGUGCUGUUCAUGGUAAUUCUGUAACUGAAGUGAGAAAACCAUGCUGACUGUACAUUUGAAAGCACUGGGCCACAGAGACUCCAAUGUUCGCAAUGUGGUUGAAACAAUGCAAACAAAGACCUUCUCCACUCUGCAAGCAGCUGUCUCCGU